UAUUUCAUCUUUUUUUUUUUUUUUGGGUCACUAUAGUUUUGAAAAUUUCAUUACUCUCACAAUCUAAUAAAUUGUGAUCUGGGUUCUUGUUACUUUGGUCAGUCUGAAUAAAAAGGUGUAAAACGUUUGGAUCUAAUUGUAAAGGGUUGAGUGAGGAAACUUUAACCCUUGAUUCUUGAUUGAGCUGGGAAUUAUUCGUUUGUAUGUGUGGUAGUUGAUGAGAGUUUGUACAGUUGAUUUGAUAAUUUGUGAGAGACUAUUCAAUGGCUGUUGAAGAGUUGGUUGAGAUCAAAUUCAGGCUAGCUGAUGGCAGUGAUAUUGGACCAAAUAAGUAUGCAUCUAGCACCACUGUUGGAUCUCUCAAAGAAAAGUUAAUUGCACAGUGGCCCAAAGAUAAAGAUAGUGGUCCAAGGACAACAAAUGACGUGAAGCUUAUUAAUGCUGGAAGGAUUCUUGAAAAUAGUAGAACUCUCGGUGAAUCCAGACUUCCCGUUGCUGAAGUUCCAGGAGGUGUCAUCACUAUGCAUGUUGUUGUACGGCCUCCCAUUCAUGACAAAAACAAUGAUAAGCUGAAGGAGGAUUCUCCUACAAAAGGAGGGUGUGCAUGUACAAUCUUGUAAUUCACCUGACCCAGUAAUGCAAUUGUUCCACUUUGGUUAUAUAUAUUUCAUGGCUCUAUAUAUUUUUCAGUAGGAGAGUCUUUUGGAUGCAUUAACAAGUAUCCUAAAAAGAUUUAGAAUGGAGGGAUACCAUGUAGUCUCUUGAUAUACCUGCUAAGGCUGAAAGGAAGUUGAUGCACUACUUUUAGGACCUUUGUGUAAAGAAUGUAAUUGUUCGUUUUUAAAGAUGUUUUAAGCGGUGGUAGUGUACUAAAGAAGAGGGACUCGGGGAAAGAGAAGAAGAAACAUAAGCAAGAGAAAAUCUAUUAAACAGACUGUAGUUUUGUUUGGGAUUUUAUGGUGUUAUCAUAAAGGAUUUCCAAGUUCAGCAAAGGAACGGUUCACAGACCAAAUGUACUCAGAAAUCUGGCUGCACUUUGCCUUAGUGAUGCAUCAAGUCGACCACAUCAGUAUAAAUUGUUUCAGUUAUCUCUAUGUUGGAUAUGAAUUUCCUUCUCAUACUCGAGUCUUAAGAAACAAGCUUGCCCUUAUUCUUACAACAAUUGACAUGUGAAACAUGUGUUCUCUCUAUGUCUAUGUAUGUUUGUGUGGUGCAUUUAUUUCACUUCAGCAAAUAUAAGAGUCAGUUGAUGCCAUGACUUAGACUCAGCAAGAGGGUACCUGUACCUGGAAUCGACAUAGGUGGAGGCGUCUGUGCAGGUAGAAAAAAGAGGAAGUCAAGUUACGGGGCGAAAAGAGGUAAGACAUAGUAACAUUUCUUCUGUCUUUUGCUAGUCAUUGGAUUGGAAGUCGCAGGCAAUGCCUUUGUCUUGCCUUGCUGAGUGAUGUUACUUCCAUCUCGUCAAGUAACAAAAUAGAAAAUAGUUGGCAUAAGAAUACCACAACUAUGCAAAUUACAGAUUUCAUAAACAAAUGCGCAAUCCAUUUGUUAUGAC